CAAACGUCAUGGCAUUAUGCUAUAGUAAAUAAUCUCAUGUGCGUUUUGAUAUCGCGUUUCGAUAUUUUACGAAAAGGUUAAAUUUUUAUAAAAAAUGUCCAUUCAGUUGGGAAAAUUGUGCUCAUGCAUAGUACAGCAGCAUUUUGGCGAAGUGGUGCGAAUGGUCGCAGAUGAUUUAUUUGCUGCCGUAUCUAAAACCUUAUCAAUGAUCGUGAAAAGUACAGAGCUAUCCAAAUCAGAGGUUUGCAAAGCUCUUGCGGUCUUGCUGAAGUUUGGGCUAGCUCGACAUCAGCCUAAUAAGGCUAGCACAGCUACCGAGUACAUUUUAGACUACGAGCGAAUCCUCAUGGUGCUACGUUAUCCACGCUACGUGCAUUUGAUACAAACCAAGUACGGACCUGAAUCGGCACUAUUAACGGAGGAGUUGCUUCGUAGUGGUUAUCAAACAGCAUCCUACAUCAUUUUGAAGGCGACUGCAAUUUCGGACGUGAAGGAUAAAAACACUAUUACCACGUUACGGCAGAAAUUUAGCGACCUCGUUGGGAUGAAUUAUUUCAUCAGGGCUCCUGAGCCAAAGGCUAUUGAGCAGAACAAGGAACUUCUGAUGUUGGAUUACGAAGAUUCCAAACUGUUCCAAAUGCCAGAGUUGGAUCUAAGACAGCUGCUCAAUUUACAGGAAGGGAAAACUACCAAAGCUCCCGACGAAGGUAUCCAUUGGUUGGUAAAUUUGGAGAAAUUUCAUUUGGAUUUCCGAGAUACGAUUAUGAUGAAUGCCGUGGAACGUUUAAUAGACGCUAAUGCGGCUGAAUGCUUGAAAUAUCUGUUACAGCUGAUGUAUACUAGAACCAAACCGUGGGAAAUGGUUUCCAAUCCUAUCCCGUUGGUUGAGUUGAAACAACUUUGUGAAAAGAAAUCAAGCAAUUUAGAAAUGAUAAAAUUCUUGGAUCAGUAUGUAGCUGUCAUCGAAUCGGUUAGUUUUCUAAGCAAGUAUGGAGACAUGGGUGGCGGACAGUACACACUGAACAUGAAGAAGAUAUUUGAACAGCUCAUUUGGAGUUGCAUCGAGAACAUUAUCACGGAAAAGUAUGGCUCUAAAGCGGCACGAAUUUUCAGAGUGACACGAUUGAAAAAGUACAUCGAACAGGAAGACAUACAAAAGGAAGCGAUGGUGCCGGCGAAAGAAGCGAAGCAGUUGACCUAUAAAUUGCUGGAAGAAAAUUUCCUCCAGAUUCAAACCUUCCGCAAACCAGGCGGAGGAAACGCUGGUGCGCCCAAAUCGUUUUUCCUAUUCUACGUGAACCAGACGCAAAUUGUUUCAAUGCUUUUGGAAAUUUGCUACAAAUCGUUGUACAAUUCCAUAACGCGAUCGACUCACGAUAAGACCGUGAACAAACGGCUGAUAGAGAAAAGCCAGCGGCUCGAUAGCAUUGUGGAAGCGAUGAAGGAACGGGGCGAAUCGGAGGAAUACAUUGCCGAAAUCCAGGAAACGUUAACUCCGCCAGAGAAAGAGAUUUUGCAGAAGGUUAAGAUUCGGGUGAAAAGUUUGUACAGUGCGGAGAUCGGUAUUGAUGAAACUAUUUUUAUUCUUAAAUUGUACCAGCAGUAUCAGAAAAAAUAAUGCAUUAAUUCGUUUUUUGGCGAAGAUGGC